AUGGAUUCAAGAGACUCAACAGCAGAAAAAACAAGGUAAACUUGACCAUGUUUCCUCUCAAAUCAUCCAUUUUUAGUAUGGAUUGUAAUUCGAUCCCUUAUAUUGUCACAAUCUCCAUUCUUGGUGUAGCUUUGUUAAUUUCUCUUGUAAUGUUGGUCCUACUCUAUCGACGUUUGGCCAAGAAAAAGGUGGGUAGCUGAAACUCUACCCUUCUUGUCGUACAUGACGAAAUCUUUCGAUAUCGCUGCAGAAAGAAGCCAAGAAAUUGAAGGACGAACUACAAUUCCUAAUGGACCAAAAACGAGCAAAAACGCUCGCCAGCUCCAGUCUUUCAUGCACUAGCAACGUCUCUAGCCAUGUCUCUAGCAAUGUCUCUAGCAAUAUCUCUGAGAGCGAAGGAGGACCCACUUCAACACAAAAAACUUCUGGAUUGCCGGUUACUGUGGCUUCCUCCAAGGAGGUUCCAUUGGUAAGAAGAUGCCGAAUUUGGCAUCUUGUUACACCUAUGUCUUCCGGAACUGUGCCAGUCCAAAAAGAACUCGAGAAAAAACAUCCAGAAAAAACCAAUUGGGUGCCAAAAGUUAUCGAAGCGACCCAAAAAUAAUUAUUUACUGUCUCUUGGAUAACUUUUGACACCCAAUUUCGGUCUGCUGGAUACAGUGGGGGACCUGACCCAGUGGCAAAAAACGUACCAUUUUGUAUCCAGGAAGUAUCAAAAAAAUGUGGCAAAAUACCUCCCUCUGCAAGUGAAAAAACUCCGAUUUCAAAUGCGCACCCGCUCUUUUUGUGAAGAAAAAGGGCGCGCCCUUCGAAACGGAGCUUUUUUAGCUGGAGAGGGAGGCAUUUUGCCACAUUUUUUGAUACUUCCCGGAUCCACAAUAGUACGUUUUUUGCCACUGGAACAGGUCUCCAACUGUACUUUUCUGGACGUUUUGGCGACUUUAACACGCCGCAAAUCACAUAAACAAUAAAAAAUUUGUUUAUAACGGAAAGCUUUGUUGUUCACAGGUUCAAAAUAGACCUGUGAACAACAAAGCCUUCCAUUAUAAGCAAACUUUUUGUCUUUCUGCCAUACAAGAAACCUCCAAACACCACCCACAUUCUUUACAGGAUACCAUCACCUCUCUGCUCAAAAGCCCUGACAACAUUGACGCAAUCUUCGCGCAGAACGAAGUCGAAUGCCUCGAGGCAGAAAUCCCCCACAAACCUUUGGUAGGCCCUCCGAGGCCUGCCGAAGGCCUCUUCACCACCUUCAAAAACAUUGGAGUCUCUUUUCCGGCCAGGGUUUUCGACAAAACUUUCGGAGAGUUCGACUUGGACAUGGCAGGACAAAUGUGCACCGUGCAAUACGAGGAUAUGGAAUGCGGACUGAACAGAAUCGAUGUAAGUGGAAUGAAUUGCUUAUAUCGAAAUUAAAAAUUUUCGUAUUCAGGCCAUCGCUGCAGUGAUGCGACAAGGCCAUAAAUAUCAAAUGCGCGGGACAAUUCAGGACUUUAUCAGCACCGCGCAUCUCAACGCGCUCAAUUUCCGAUUGUUGGUGGUGGCAAGGGUAAGAGUCUUAAACCCGCUUUUAUUUUUGUUACAGUAACCCUAAAUUUUUGGAUUUUUUUUACAAUUUUUUAACCAAAACUGGCCUUUUAUGGGUUUAAAAAAAUAAUGAAAGGAAUUUUAUUACCUUUUUUAGGUUCUAAUUAACUUUGUGGAUUACUGUAACAGAAAAAAUUCACUCAAAAUCUUGUGAAAAUCUUUCAAAAACCCCCAAUUUUCCCGCGCAGUUCUAAAGGACCUGGGGCCUGUUUCAUCAACGAAAAAUAAAUAAAAUAAACGAAAGGGAAAGCGAGAGAACACCCAAAACACGUUUCGAAGCGAGAGGGUCGCGACAGAUUAGUAGAGACCAUCUAUAGAGCGGCGCAUUUAUCACAGCGAUCGGAGUGACUUUUUACGUCCAAAACGGGGGGGUUCUCAGCAGUAAUCAGUGGAUAACUCGGCUCCCGGUGGUCGUAGAAUCACCCUUCCAAAAACCAAAUAAAGCUAUUCCUUAGAGCUACGUGAUAUCCAAAUUUCAUAUUUAUACUUCAAAAAAUGAACUCAGUAGACACCUAGUAGAUCGUAGUAUUCAACUUUUUUGACGUUUUUUUCUGACAAGGAAAGUACUUUUAUGGGGGCUCCUACUUUUUGACGGGACAUAUCUCAAAAAAUCAGAAAAAAUGUGCUGAUCAAGGAUAUAUAAAUCUUAGCUGCCCAUUUUAGGUUUUUAGGGGUGAAAACUCAAGCGGAAGUUGACUUAAAGUCCCAUAUGAACCCCUUUUCGCUCAAUUUUUCACGGGUUUACAAUUUUUAUUUGGGCUUAAAAUGAUGUUUAUUGAGCUUCUAAGACGUAAUCAUUCAGUCCUGGCACAAAAAUUUAUUUUUCCGACCAUCAUCUUCAAAAAUAGUUGAUUCGGCCCAAAAGGGAGAUCGAACCCGUGCGGCGUUCCCCCUCUUGAUUCCCAGGCUGCGGCACUAGCCACUCGGCCACACCGCUCUCUUCCGAAGGAAGAGACCGAAUGCGCUUUUUAUCGUUUCGAAUGCCUGCGCCUUUUUUAGGGAAAUUAAGCCAGUUUUUGGGCAUUUUCACCCCUAAAAACCCAAAAUGGGCAGCUAAGAUUUAUAUAUCCUUGAUCAGCACAUUUUUUCUGAUUUUUUGAGAUAUGUCCCGUCAAAAAGUAGGAGCCCCCAUAAAAGUACUUUCCUUGUGAAAAACGUUAUUAUUUCAGUCAAUUUUUAACAUAAUGGGAUAAAAUUGGUACCAGUCGAUAGCCAAACGUUUACUCUACAAAACUUUUUUAGAGGGGCGGUUUACUUCAAAAAAUGAACUCGGUAGACACCUAGUAGAUCACAGUAUUUACGCUUUUUUUACGUUUUUUCGAAAAAAACCUUUGUUUUUCACUCAGUCUUUAACAUAAUGGGAUAAAAUUAGUACCAGUCGAUAGCCCAACGUCUAAUCUAUAAAAAAUUUUUAGAGGGGCGGCUUCUUUUGCCCUGUGGCCUGCGAAACGUUCAAUUUCGUGAGACGAUGUCUUCUAUUUGCGUAAAAAGUCCUUCGAUCGUUUCCGAAAAAACCAAAAGAGAGGAAAAGGGCCCUCGAAACGCGAUGGUUUUUUGUGUCAAAAACGGUGGUUCAUGACAGUAAACAUAGACGUUUCGCAGGCCACAGGGCAAAAGAAGCCGCCCCUCUAAAAAUUUUUUAUAGAUUAGACGUUGGGCUAUCGACUGGUACUAAUUUUAUCCCAUUAUGUUAAAGACUGAGUGAAAAACAAAGUUUUUUCCCGAAAAACGUAAAAAAAUCGUAAAUACUGUGAUCUACUAGGUGUCUACCGAGUUCAUUUUUUGAAAUAAACCGCCCCUCUAAAAAAGUUUUGUAGAGUAAACGUUUGGCUAUCGACUGGUACCAAUUUUAUCCCAUUAUGUUAAAAAUUGACUGAAAUAAUAACGUUUUUCAGAAAAAACGUCAAAAAAGUUGAAUACUACGAUCUACUAGGUGUCUACUGAGUUCAUUUUUUGAAGUAUAAAUAUGAAAUUUGGAUAUCACGUAGCUCUAAGGAAUAGCUUUAUUUGGUUUUUGGAAGGGUGAUUCUACGACCACCGGGAGCCGAGUUAUCCACUGAUUACUGCUGAGAACCCCCCGUUUUGGACGUAAAAAGUCACUCCGAUCGCUGUGAUAAAUGCGCCGCUCUAUAGAUGGUCUCUACUAAUCUGUCGCGACCCUCUCGCUUCGAAACGUGUUUUGGGUGUUCUCUCGCUUUCCCUUUCGUUUAUUUUAUUUAUUUUUCGUUGAUGAAACAGGCCCCUGAUCCAUUGGCAAGAAAACGUACCAUUUUGCAUCCGAAGUAUCAAAAAUGUGGCAAAAUGCUUCCAUCUCCAAGUGAAAAAACUUCGUUUUCAAGGGCGCGCCCUUUCCCUCACAAAAAGAGCUUUUGAAAUCGGAGUUUUUUCACUUGCAGAAGGAAGCAUUUUGCCACAUUUUUGAUACUUCCCAGAUGCAAAAUGGUAUGUUUUUUGCCACUUGAUCAGGUCCGCCACUGUACCCCUAUUGACUUUUUCAGCUUGGCCCAUCGAUUGAGAAGAAUGUUCUCAGCGGACGCCUGAUUUUGGAAGAGCAGUUAAUCUUGGUGUCUCUGACUUUUCAAUGCAUGGAAGAUCUUCUAUUUUCCAAUAUCGUACAUCGCGAUAUCAAACCGGCCAGUUUUCGCUACGAUUUCAGUGGCUCAAAGAUCAUGAUUACGCAUUUUGGGCUGGCCAGAAUCCCGCCAAAGUCCCCUCGGCCACGAAUCCCAUUCUUCGGGAAUCCCGUUUUCUGCAGUCCCACCGCUCAUUUGAAGUUGGAGAGGACGCAUUUCGAUGACAUGAUGAGCUGGUUUUUUGUGCUUUUAUUCAUUUUCAACAGGCAUUUGCCGAUUUGGAAGUCCGAAACUGAUGUAAUUUGGCUUUUUGAUUAACCUUCCUACUGUAAUUUGCAUUUUAUUGCUCAAUUCCUUCAGAGAACGCUCAUUUAUCAACUAAAAGUGGACUUGCUGGAGGAAAAACUGGUUGCGGACCAUUUGGAGAGGUACAUCAAGGAUGAAACCCCUCGCAAAUUCCUCGCCCAACUCCACAAAUUGAUCUCGAAAUUGCCGGAUAUGCAAAAAAUGUCUUAUCGCAAGCUCAGAGAGGCGAUUGAGAUGGAAAAUUCGAAACGCAAAUGA